AUGGUUGACACCUCCAAGUUGCAUCCUGCGACUACCGUCACCAAUAUCAAAUCAUGCAUCCCUAUUGUGCUUGACUACGAAGGAAGCCAAUACAAUAACUGGGAUACCCUCUUCAAACUCCAUUGUCGUGCAAACUUGGUCAUUGACCACAUCCUACCUCCUGCCUGCCCUACCUUGCCACCACCGGCAACUGCAGCCGAAAAACUUGCUGCUAAGGCCCUAUGGAACGACUGGAUGACAUUGUUCGCCAAUGGAUAUAUGGACAACAAAUCGGCUAGGGCUCUUGCUCUUGAUGCAAAAUUCACCAACACAAAAUUGGUGGAUUUUCCGAAUGUGAAAGCAUACUGUACCAGGCUGAAAGUUCUUGCAGACAAUCUCGCCAACGUCGGUCACAAAGUUUCCGACGAACGACUUAUGCUUGAGCUUGAGGAGGAUAGCCAUGCCGAGGACGCCAUUCACGACUCCGACUCGAAUGCUGCUCUUGUUUCCCACAAUGUUACUCCUCAGAAUUUCUCAGGAAAUGGACAGCCCACUAACUCUGCAAAUAAUUUCAACAAUCGUGGAAAUUCGCAGAAUCGUGGAAAGAAAAAUAACCGCGGUCGCAGCGGUGGCAACCGUAACAACCGGGGUGGCAGCGGCAAUAGACAAAGCAGCGGCGGGGGCAGCUGCACCAAUGCACAAGCAUACUAG